AUGGCUGCAUCGGACCACAGCUAUCGCACUGCUGAGCCCACCACGGACAUGGGCAUGGACUUGGACGUGGACACGGCUUCUCCCACCACAGGGAACAGGGCUGCCAGGCUGCCCCUGGGGUUGCCCACUCCUAUGGCUGGGGGGGCUGAGCCAAGCACCGGUGAUGCCACCCCGUCGGCACGCUCUGCCCUGGACAGCAAAAGCCCUACAGCAGUGGCCAUCAUGGGCACGGUGUCACCCACAUCUCUGGAGCCAGUUAUAGCACCUUCCCCUGGCCUUGCUCUCAGCACUGCUGAGCCAGAUGUCAGUGUGUCCCCUCCCGUCCCCAGGAACAUCCAUCUGGUGGUGGUGGCACCCUCUGUCACCCCCAGCAUCACUGUCACUGGUCCACCAGCAGGAGCAGUGCUGGCAGCCUCACUCUACCCCUUCGGCACGGAGGGAGGGGACCGAGAGUGCGUCCAGAGGACAGUGGAUUUUAACUCCCCUCUGUUCAAGCCAGAGAUUGGGUUCCCCUUCGGAAAGUCGCUGCGGGAUGCUCUCUACUUUACAGAUAACGGACAGAUCAUUUUCCCACCCACGGACAACUACAUCCCCUCCAACCCCAACCCACCUCCCCAGGGCUUCAGUGGAAAAGAGGAUUUGCCGAUGGUGGCUGCCUUUUGGGACGACGCAGAUUUCUCCCAGGGUGUUGGCACCACCUGGUACCAGGAGUACUCCACCCUCACCUCUACCCAAGACCCCCUUGUCCAUGAUGUGGAAGCAAAGAUUGAGAAAUACCUGAAAACCCCCUACGUAGCAAAAUGGACCUUGAAGGUGACGUGGGAAAAGGCUCCAGCGUACCCAUCCCAGGGGUGCCUUGGGUUUCUCCAGACGAGCACCUACCAGGCGGUCCUCACCACCGAUGGGAACCGUUCCUUCGCCCUGCUGCUCUACCAGGAUGGCGGGAUGCGGUGGGACUAUGCCAAGCUGGCUGCAGGCAACGUGCUGAUCGGCUUCUCCAGCGGUGAUGGCUAUGCCCAAAAUAAUGAGCUGACUCAAAAGCCACCAGCUGUCAAGUACCGACCUGACCAGCACAGCAGCGCCGGCACCGGCCCGGCAGACACCUCCGUGAAGAUGCUGCGCACUGCAUCCCCCAGCCCGGCUGGAGCUGGGGUGCGGUGUCUGUACCGAGAUGGGAGCUUGCUCGAAGGCUGGCAGGAGAGAGCAUGGAGCCUCCCCAUCCAUCAUGCUGCUGAACAGGAGCUGGAGGCAUUCAACUGGUGCUGCCGGCACGUGGGGAAGCCCCUGUUCUGCACCAGGUUUGCUGAGAAGAGACCGAGGGUCGGCUGCGAGGGAUAUGUGCCGCCCACCCCUGCUGGCGCCUUUGGAGACCCCCACAUCGACACCCUGGAUGGACUCACCUACACCUUCAAUGGGCUCGGGGACUUUGUCCUGCUGCUAGCCAGCGAUGCCCGGACCAGCUUUGUACUGCAUGGACGCACGGCCCGGACCGGCACGGCCCAGGCCACCAACUUCGUGGCCUUCGCUGCCCAGUACAUCUCUGCCACCACCACAACAGUUCAGUGGACCUUGGGGAGCCAGAGUGACAUCAAAAUCCUCCUGAACAAUGAAACCAUCCAGUUUUCCUAUUCCCAAGACAUGGGUGCUAAGGUAUACUACAGCCCCGGUGUCCUGCUGGUCAAUGCCUCCUCUGUCACGGCCGUCUUUGACGGGGCCAUCGCUGUCUCCAUCUCGGCCGUCUCCGGUAUCCUCAGCGUGGUCUGCAGCCUGCCCGAUCGGUACCGCAACAGCACCAAGGGCCUCCUGGGUGUGUGGGACCACGACCCUGCAAACGACUUCCAGAUGCUGAACGGUACCAGCAUCCCUAUGAACAGCAGCGAGGAGGAGAUCUACAGCUAUGGGAUGACCUGGGCUGUUGGAGAGCACGGCCUGUUUGCUCAGCCUCUGGACUCACCGGUAAUGAACUUCACACCCAUCUUCUUGUCUCGGCUGCGGCAGGAGAACGAAAGCCAGUACCAGCUGGCAGCCUCACAGUGCCGCGGCAGCAAGGAGUGCAUCUACGAUUUGCUGAGCACAGGGGAUGUGGCCCUGGGCCUGGCCACCCAGAACCUCACAGCCGACUUCCAGCGGAAGAAGGCAGUACUCAACGCCUUCCCUCCGGUCAUCACCGGUGACGCAUUGCUCACGGCCUUCAGGACAGAAAAGGUCAGGAGGCAGUACCAUGCCAUGGGGGUGGGCGCACGCUUUGUCCCCCACCUCUCACCGGAGCUCAACAUAUCGGAGAGCGGCACCCUGACGUGGGAGCCCCGCGGGAUGGCCCCGCUCACCAUCAACCUGGAGGCUGUCGGGUCCAACAACCUCUCCGCCCUCCUCCAGCUCCGCUUCACCCUUUGCAGCUGCAGCAGGAGCCAGGAGUGUGACUACAGUGACACUGUCACCCUCGGGGGGUCCUCCCUGCAGCUGGCAGCCUGCAGGUGUGAGGGCGGCUACUCGGGUCCCUUCUGCCAGGACCCUCCAGACCCCUGCGCCCAGGGAUGCUUCCCCGGCGUGAGCUGCGAGGGGCCAGGCUGUGGCUUAGCCUGUGGCUCCCGCUCCUGCCCCGAGGGCUACUGCAGCAACGGGGGACGCUGCCACCUGCACCCCAUCACCUGCACCCCCUCCUGCGCCUGCCCCCCGGCUUUCACCGACCAGCGCUGCUUGGUGGCAGGGGGGGAUUUUCAGCCGCUGCCCAGCACAGAUCUUCCCCGGAGAAGUGUCCGUCUGCGGCUCAGGACGCUGCGAAACACCACGGCUGGGGAAAUCAAUGGCACCGUCUCGGCCAUCCUGGGCUCCCUCGAGGUAAAGGCUUUCCAGAGCAACACCAACAUCACCCAGACGACAGACAGCGAUGGCUUCACCUUCGUGGUGGUGUCUGAGUUCGCCUACGACAGUCGCGGCACCGUCAUCCGGUUCUUGAACGAGGAGCUGCCAGGGGCCAUCACUGGCGCCUUCAACGGGCGGCGGGGGCGGCGGGAGGCGGGCAUGCGCCUCCUCUUCCAGCGCCUGCACCGGGACAACAUCACCGACCUGGUGAAGUGUGAGUUGCUCCCGGCGCCGAGCCAGGGAGCCCGAGAGAAGCACCCUGCUGUCCCCAUUGUCCCCAUCACCCUGCAUGCCCUGGGGUUUGGGCUACCGGCUCCACUACGCGGGGACCGUCGGGGCUACUGCCAGCAUGGUGGCCGGUGCCAGCACCUGCCUGAGGGGCCCACGUGCAGCUGCCUCCCCUUCUCCAUCUUCUCCCCCGCCGGCGCCCAGUGUGAGCAACUGGCUGUCAGCCUCGCCGCCUUCCUAGGCAUCUUGGUGGGAGCCCUGGCCCUGCUCUGCCUCCUGCUCACCACAGCCUGCCUGGCCUUGCGCCUCUGCCGCCGGCACCGCCACCGGGGGGCCAAGGAGACCUUCUGGAGGCCACAGCCCUUCUCCUGUGAGUACAUCCCUGCAAAACCCCCUGACCCCAGCUCUGCUUCACUCUGA